GCGGGCCUUGGAAACAGGGCGAGAGAAAUCACUAGGCUACUACCUGGUGACAUGUAGACGGCUGUAGCCUAACGAAAGAAAAACUAUCAACAAUAAAACAAAUAUUAGGCGCAGUCCUCUUUUCUAUUUUUUCGGUCUGAUUCAAUGGGCUACAAAACGAAUAGACUGAGCAGGCAAGAAGGGACGUUUAGGUUGGUUAAAGCCAUGCGCUCACCCAGACUGAACAGUGCAUUUAUCAAAACUAACAGUUUGACUUUGUAAACUCAACAGGUGAUAAAGAGCAUCGGUUGAAUAUUCGUGGGAGCGUGCACUGCAUCUGAAAUAGCGGUUAAAUCAGUUGGCUAUUUCAUGAUUGCCUACAGAUGCUGACUCAAUCCUUGUCUCUGGGACUUGGUUGGUGUGGAAAUGUAGACACAGUGAAAGUUUGAUAGCAUUUUUGGGACUCGAAAUGCUCACGAAAACUUCCUUCAUUCAUAGACCCAGAAAGAAUUCCCCAGAGACCGUUGUCCACGCGCCGUUCCACUGAAAGCACAAUGGAUAAAAAGUGUCCUUAGCCUUUGGAGCAACCCGAACACGACCUUCAUUUAAUCUCUUGAUAUCCGUCUCCAGAGUCAGCAGUUCCAAACGGUAGCAAAACCUGUGGGCGAAGUUUCAAACGGACCGCCUUCUGGGACAUCAAGUCUGCAACUUUGUUACUGUUCGCUCAGUAGCGAAUUUCUCAUCGUGUGGUGAAAGAAAGAUCACCAGCUGUCUGGGAAGAUAUUCACCAAACUUGACUUUACUUGAAACUUUCUGACUGGACCGUUGUCCCGGCGGUGACCGGCAGCAUGACCGAUAUAAACUACUCAACCUUGGACGAACCGUCUCUACGAAAUUUGCUGGAGGGGACUCUGGACCUGGAGGAGCGGCGGGUGAUCCGAUCGGCCAUUCGGGACCUUCGCAGGCGGGAGAUUGAGGACAUGGAAGCAGCCCUCCGCAGCAAGCGCUUCAGACAUGGCCACCAUCACCACGACGACAAGGAGAACCAGCACCGGUCAGAAUUGGCAGAGUCAUUGAAUGUUCUGUCAGGAAAGCUUCAGUCCAUCCAUGACAUUGAAGAGCUCACAAGGAUGUUGAGAGGAGCCAUGAACUAUGAAGAGAGGAAACUGAUCAGAGCUGCAAUCCGUCGUGAAAGGGAGCAAGAGAUCCAGGGGGCUACAGCGAAGAUUUCGGGCCAUCCAGCGGAACGGAGACCUUCCCAGAAUUCUGAGCAGCUCCGGCCAAACUCCGAUAACGUGGAGAGAGAGAGCACAGAGGAGCGAGAGCCAAUCAAAGCACCGGUCCAGCAGCUCAACAGUCAAUCACUUCCACAGGACCAAGAACUGCACCCAACAGGGCCCUCUUCCGAUAUGGUUCUGGUUCUGGACCCGCUGGUCAGGGAGAAGGUCUCUGCUCCCCCAGGGUCACGGCCUCCGCAGGACUCCCCGACCUCCGACCCCGAGGUGAUCCCCUCCUGCCCGCGCCAGCGCUGUGACUCUGGCCAAUCGGAUCGGUCUACUGGCAGCUUUGGGCGUCGCCCGGGUCGGGACUCCCCGUGCUCUGAGCGCAGCGCCCAGCGCGAGAGCCCGUCCCCCUCCAGCACUGACUCGGAAGUGGAGCAGGAGAAGGACCCCCAGCCCAGCGCCGACGCACCAGACGGAGCCGCGCUCUCCACCAAGGCCCUGGGCUCCAGCAACCUGCCCAACGGCCUCCGAGACUGCAGCACCGAGCAGGUGUCUGUGACCAGAGAUGCCCCUCUUACCACUCUUACCAAUGGCAAGGAGACAGGCUCCAGUAGAGUGGCUGCUCCACUGGCUCGGCCCAACUCCAUCCGGGACCGCAUGCGCAAGUUCACCGAGCCCGCCCACAUUGAAGCCCCACCCCCGAGGCGGGGGUUGCAGCGCUCCGUCCGCCCACUCUCUGCCCACCUCGGCGAGAAAACAGGGCGCCCACAACCUCAGGCUCAAAAGAGCCCCUCCCCUGCAGCUCUCGUCCAAUCACAGCAGGCCGUGGGCGGGACGGGAAAGCCCGCUGGAGGGGUGGACGUGGGGGGCCAGUCGCAGGGAGGCAGCCCAGAGCCGGAGAGCCCUAAGACGGGGAGAGCCGUGACAGCCAGUCCCGGGGAACCAGAGGCCCAGGAGCAGCCACCUGAGACACUGAGGCAGGCGGACGCACAGGACCCGGCCGACGACAUGAAGACCUUCCUGACCAUCGAGAUCAAAGAUGGACGCACCACAAUCAAUCAGCAGCCUCAGACCAGGACCAUCACACACAGCAGUGCUGGGCCACAGAGAGCAGAGCUGACGCUGGGCCUAAGAGCCACUCCUUUUAAGAUCUCCACACAGAGCAUCUCCACUGGGCCCUCUUUCAAGGUGGAGUCGGAGCCAGCCAUGUUCGUGGUGGAGCCCUCCGUGCCCAACGGCUCCUCGGCUAAAUCCCUGACCUCGGAUCAGUCCCGGAGCUCGUCCACCAUUGCUCUGGCCCAGGAGCACACCAUCCGCGUGGUCUCAGACCAGUCCCACGCCUCAACCGCCCCGGCCAGAGCCCAGGAACACGCCAUCACGGUGAUGACGGAGCAGUCCCGCGCCUCCUCUACCUCCACUCACGCCAAAGCUCAGUUGGAGAGCAUUGGGCGGAUCACUGCAGAGCAGCUGGAGGCCAUUGAGGAUGAGUUGCUGCUGGAUAAAAUGCUUGAUGAAUCCAAAGACUUUGAGGAGCGCAAACUGAUCCGUGCUGCCAUGCGGGAUCUUCGGAAAAAGAAAAGAGAGGCCAAACUGGGAUGCAGUCAGGAGGAGAUCGACCUCCGUGAGAAGGAGCGGGAUCAGCGCCUGGAGGAGCUGAGGAAGCAGAGAGAGGAGCGUGCUCAGAAGGGCAAGGCGGGAGAGAUGGUCACCAAAAAGGUGGAGAAGUCAGCCGACGGCUCGACAGUCAGCCAGGUCACUAAGACCAAUCGCUUUGCCCACUCAGAUGACGGCAGCAGGUCAUCCCGUAGCAGCGUAAUGGAGUCCAGCUAUGUGCAGAAGACGGACAAGGGGCUGCUCCAGAGUAAAUCCUACAGCUAUUCGUCCUCAUCCUCCAGCUCUGGGAAGAAGGUUGGUAGUGUGUUUGAUCGUGAGGAUGACUCCGCAACGGAGCGCCGACGGAUUGAGAGGAGUAAGGAGCUGAUGAGGGCGCAGACGAUGCCCAAGAGCACAGCCAAUCAGGCGCGCAAGGCCAUGAUGGAGAAGCUGGAUGCAGGAGGUGCGGGUAACCCUGCUGUGGCGCGGGUGAAUAAGGUGCAGCGCUCCACCAGCUUCGGUGUGCCCAACGCCAACUCCAUUAAGCAGAUGCUGCUGGACUGGUGUCGUGCCAAGACUCGUUCCUACGAAAAUGUGGUAAUCCAGAACUUUUCGACGAGCUGGUGUGACGGCAUGGCCUUCUGUGCGCUGGUACACAACUUCUUCCCCCAGGCCUUCGACUACGACAGCCUGAGCCCCGCCAACCGCCGACAGAACUUCCAGCUGGCCUUCAGCACAGCUGAGGAAUAUGCUAACUGCAUGCCUCUCUUGGAGGUCGAGGACAUGAUGAUUAUGGGGAACAAGCCAGACUCCAAGUGUGUGUUCACUUAUGUACAGUCGCUUGUCAACCAUCUGCGUCGCGUCGAGAUGCGCUCUCAAGCACAAUCUGACAUGUGACCUGCCCACACACACUUCCUUCAUACACAGAGUGACGCUGUUUUUAAAAGAAAAGAAACUAAGUUAUUUUAUUGUUUUAACCUCAAGAGAGCAGUUCCCUCCCAAUAGUGAUAUCAGGACUAAAAUUAAGAUUUUUUUUUAAUAAGCAAAGCUAAAUGAACGAUGUGUGUACUGUAUGUAGCUGUAUCAGAGGAUAGCAGAGGGCUGUGGGUAUUUUAAUUCCCUCGCUGAUGCUGUAUUUGAUGUUAUUUAGCAUCCACAGGCGUACAUGUGUUAAAGAGUAACAUGCAGACUUGUUCUGUUUCCUGUGUUCAGAUUCAGAUGUUGUUAUUAUUAGUUCUUGUUAUUCCAGAAUGUUGUUAUUCCAGGAUGAUUUUUAUUUAAAUUGCUACGGAACACAGGUGUGGAGCGCAGUUGGCCACACUGCGGACUUGACAUCACACUGCUGAGACCUGACGUCUCAGCCACUGAGUGAGGUAUUCUGAGAGAGAACUCCAGAUUUCCAGGUUGCAGUGUGGGGUCUUUAGCACACACACACACACAAACACCCUUGCACAAGCAUGACACACUCACUCACACUCGAGUGUCUAUUUAUGGUUGGAUUGUUUUGUUGUGUGGGUGUACAGAUUCACGUUGACACAGUUCACAUACUUUUUGUCAUCCCAAAAAUGGCAGACUACUGCCACAGUCCAAAGCUAGUGGAAUCCCUUAAGUGUGUUUGUAUUUUUAUAUCUCGCUCACAAGAACUGUGGGGAGCAGUGAGCAAUAGCUAUGGGCCAGCUUUUUGGAUUCUAUAAGGAGUAUGAAAAAUUAGCUCUGUUUGUUUUGUAAAGAGUUUAGCAUCCCAAGGAUAGCUGCAGUGAAGCUGGUUCUGAAUCACUACCGUGUGCCGAGUCUGUCCCUCACUGUUAGUAGAUUCUGUACAUACUCAUAAAGAUUGCUUAGCGCUAGCGCAUAUCCCUCUCUGAAACACGUCAUUUAACCAUUAAAACAUACUUUAAGGAACUAAA